GGUGACAUCGGCCUCGGCCCGCAGGCGAGCAGCAGUCAUGGACUUCGAGGAGAUCCUCUCCCAGAUCGGCGGCUUCGGCCGCUUCCAGAAGCUCCUGUACGUCUGGAUCUGUCUCCCUCAGGUGUUCCUGGCGUUCAACCAGCUGGCCUCCAUCUUCACCGGGGCCACGCCGCCCCACAUCUGCCUCUCCGCCCCCCCGGCCCGGCGGGGGGGCCCCAACUCCACCAGCCUCCUCCUCCUCCUGCACCGCGGGGAGGCGCAGGCCUGCCCCGACCGGCGCAACGGCAGCAACCACAGCUGCCCUGGAGGCUGGCAGUACGACACCAGCGUGUUCAGCAGCACCGUGGUGACCGAGUGGGACCUGGUGUGUGACCGCGCCCGGACCAACAGCGUACUCUCCUCCCUCUACAUGGCCGGUCUCCUGGUCGGGGCCAUGGGCUUCGGCUACCUGUCGGACAGGUACGGCCGGAAGCCGGUGAUGCUGAUCGGCCUGGCCUUCCAGGCGGUGUUUGGCGUGGGAGCGGCGCUGGCUCCGAACCUCUACGUCUACGCUCUGCUGCGCUUCCUGGUGGGAUCGGGGGUCUCCGCCACGCUCAUCAACGCCUUCGUCCUCGGCACCGAGUGGACCGGGCCCAAGCGCCGCAUGCUGGCGGGGCUCACGACGGACUACUGCUUCGGCCUGGGCUACGUCCUGCUGGCGCCCGCCGCCUACCUGCUGCGGGACUGGCGCCACCUGCAGCUCGCCAUCGCCGCCCCCUGCUUCCUGUUCGUCUCCUACCUCUGGGUCCUGCCCAGGUCGGCUCGCUGGCUGCUGGCCAACCAGAGGACAGAGGAGGCGGGCCUCCUGAUCCGCCGGGCGGCCCGGCUAAACAGACAGCCCCUCCAGGAAGACCUCCUCACGCAGCAGCUGUUGGACACUGUGGAGCGGAGGAGGCACACCCUGUUGGACCUGGUCAGGACCCCCGCGAUGAGGAAACAGUCCCUCAUCGUGUUCUACCUAUGGUUUGUGACUAUCCUCAUCUACUACGGCAUGUCUUUCAACAUCUCUGACUUUGGGGACAACCUGUACCUGGGCCACCUGCUGUUCGGUCUGGUGGAGGUCCCGGCUCGCACCAUGGUCCUGUUCACCGUCAACCGCUCCAGAAGGCUGACCCAGGCCGGGGCCCUGGUGCUGGGGGGGCUGGCCUGCCUGGUCCUGGUCCUGGUCCCCCACAGUGAAGAGUUGACCCCUGUGCGGAUGGCGAUCGGCUUGGUGGGAAAGUUUGGGGCGACGGCGUCCUUCUCUGUGAUCUACAUCUACUCAGCUGAGAUCUUCCCCACAGUCAUAAGGCAGAAUGGUAUUGGGAUGGGGUCCACGUGGGGUAGGCUGGGGGGGGUCCUGGCUCCCGUGGUGCACCUCCUGAAGGACUACCAUGUGCACACUCCCAUGAUCCUCUUCGGUCUGAGCGCUCUGAUUGGCUCUGGCCUCACCCUGCUGCUGCCCGAGACAGCCAAUAAGCCCCUGCUUGAAACCAUCGAAGAAGUGGAAGAGGGCCGCCGACCCAAGGAGGCGGAUCCCGCCACGCCCCGCCCCCUAAGCUGCUCAUCCGGCCUCUGAUGACGUCAUCCACCCAGGGAGGACCUGAGUGGGAGCACCAGCCCCCCGUGUCGGGCCCACUCUAACGUCUGAACCAGGGGUACCAGCAGCAGCGUACGGUGGGGUGGGAGUCAGGGCCUUCAGAACCCCACCAACGGCCGACCCCCAAACACUCAUUUCAUAUUAGGUGCCGAUGCAGACAACACAGCCACCAUAUGCGCUACUGCAUGACAUCCACAGCAGGACAGUUGGUCUUCAGCGACAACAACAGUGCACACUCACACCACUCUGCAUUACCGCAGAGCUGGAGUAAUGCAGCAUCACCAUCAGAUCUGUCCU